AUGUCAGCACUGUAUUAGAACUCUAUACUGUGACGUGUCCACAUUGUGAUGAAGUUUUAUCCGGUAAUCAGACUCUUUACGCUCUGCGAGAUCAUAUCAGAGUAGCUCAUAAAGAACUACAGGAGCCUUCAGAUAAAAAGGAAGAAACUAAACAUGUGUGUAGUAAAUGUAGUUUCUCAUUUCUGGACAAGUCCCAUCUGGAGAAACACGAACUUAUCCAUACAGAAUCAGAUAAGGAACAGAAACAAGUGAACAGUGAUGACGUCAGUUCCAGUCUCCGAAAAUACAAGUGCCUAGAGUGUGGAAAAGCGUUCAAGUUCAAGCAUCACUUGAAGGAACAUGUUCGAAUCCACAGUGGAGAGAAACCUUUCUCGUGUCCGAAUUGCAAGAAGAGGUUCUCCCACUCUGGCUCCUACUCCUCCCACAUGACGAGUAGAAAGUGUCUUAUCGUCCAUUCGAAGGUUCGAAAACUUGACACUAAACCUUUAACAAUUUGUGGAACUAACCAAAAAUCAUCCGCCCAAGCUUGUCAAAGUACAGUGUUGGAGCUAGUGGCUCUUCUGAAGAACACGUGCCAGUAG